CCAAUUUGUUGUUCUAGACAUAAAACAUGGCCGAUGAAGCACCAGCUGCACCACCCGCUGAAGGAGAGGCACCAGCGGCGCCCGCCGAAGGUGAGGCCCCACCACCAGCUGAAGGCGAAGCCCCACCAGCUGAACCCGUCAAGAACACCUACACUCUAUUCUAUUUCAAUGUCAAGGCAUUGGCUGAGCCAUUGCGUUAUCUAUUCGCCUAUGGCGGCAUUGAAUACGAGGAUGUUCGUGUAACACGUGAUGAGUGGCCAGCAUUGAAGCCAACCAUGCCCAUGGGUCAAAUGCCCGUGUUGGAAGUUAAUGGCAAACGUGUUCACCAGAGCAUUUCCAUGGCCCGUUUCUUGGCGAAAACUGUCGGUCUGUGCGGUGCCACACCCUGGGAAGAUCUACAAAUUGAUAUUGUUGUCGAUACCAUCAAUGAUUUCCGUCUAAGUAGCGAACAAUUCGUUUCCUACGAACCCGAGGAUGAAAUCAAGGAAAAGAAAUUGGUCACCCUUAACAAUGAAGUCAUUCCAUUCUAUUUGGAGAAAUUGGAACAAACUGUCAAGGAUAACGAUGGUCAUUUGGCAUUGAACAAGUUAACAUGGGCCGAUGUCUACUUUGCUGGUAUUUUGGAUUACAUGAACUACAUGGUGAAGCGUGACAUUUUGGAACAAUAUCCAGCAUUGCGUGCUGUUGUCGAUAGUAUCAAUGCCUUGGAACCCAUUAAGGCCUGGAUUGAAAAGAGACCACAAACUGAAGUUUAAGUCCAAUACAGAAAUUCUCU